GGAGUCAUCUCCCUCAUCACAUUCGCCAUAUUUGGAUGCACAGUCUUCUUCAUGUCACGACCUAGAUCCGUUUACCUUGUCGAUUACUCUUGCUACUUACCACCGUCGGAUCAAAAAGUUAGCUACCAAAAAUUCAUGAACAACUCUAGUUUGAUUCAAGAUUUCAGCGAAUCGUCGCUUGAGUUCCAACGAAAGAUCUUGGUUCGAUCCGGUCUCGGAGAAGAGACUUAUUUACCGGAGUCUAUUCACAGCACCCCGCCACGUCCCACUAUGGCCGCUGCGCGUGAGGAAGCAGAGCAGGUAAUCUUCGGUGCACUCGAUAACCUCUUCGAGAAUACCAAAAUCAAUCCUAGAGAGAUUGGUGUUCUUGUUGUGAACUGUAGUUUGUUUAACCCUACGCCUUCUUUAUCCGCCAUGAUUGUUAACAAGUAUAAACUUAGAGGAAACGUCAAGAGCUUUAACCUUGGUGGAAUGGGAUGUAGUGCUGGUGUUAUCGCGGUUGAUCUCGCUAGUGACAUGUUACAGAUACAGAGGAACACUUUUGCUCUUGUGAUUAGUACUGAGAACAUUACUCAGAAUUGGUAUUUUGGUAACAAGAAAGCAAUGUUGAUCCCUAAUUGCUUGUUUAGAGUUGGUGGCUCAGCGGUUCUGCUUUCGAACAAGCCUUUGGAUCGAAAACGGUCCAAGUAUAAGCUUGUUCAUACGGUAAGGACUCAUAAAGGAUCUGAUGAGAAAGCAUUCAGUUGUGUGUACCAAGAACAAGACGAGUGUUUGAAAACCGGAGUUUCUUUGUCGAAAGAUCUUAUGGCUAUAGCCGGAGAAGCUUUAAAGACGAACAUCACCACAUUGGGUCCUCUGGUUCUUCCUAUAAGCGAGCAGAUCCUCUUCUUUGCGACUUUUGUUGCUAAGAGAUUGUUCAAUGCCAAGAAGCACAAGCCUUACAUACCAGAUUUCAANAUAUAUAUAUAUAGAAUACCUUUUUUGAAGAAACCUUCUAAUCCUUGA